UCCUCCCAAGGAAGUUCAUUUAAUUUCAUCCGAAUUCAUCGAGAUUUCAGUCUGCUAUCAUGUCUGGUCGAGGAAAAGGCGGUAAGGGGCUUGGAAAAGGUGGUGCAAAACGUCAUCGCAAAGUUUUGAGAGACAACAUCCAGGGAAUCACAAAGCCAGCUAUUCGCCGUCUAGCGCGUCGUGGUGGUGUGAAGCGUAUUUCUGGUCUGAUCUAUGAAGAGACGCGAGGUGUAUUGAAAGUGUUUCUUGAAAAUGUUAUUCGCGACGCUGUAACCUACACCGAGCAUGCCAAGCGCAAGACUGUGACCGCUAUGGACGUAGUGUACGCUCUGAAGCGUCAAGGCCGUACGCUGUAUGGUUUUGGCGGUUAAAUUUCACCCGGACCAGAUUUUCCAAAAAAACAAAAAAGGCUCUUUUAAGAGCCGCCCAAACAUUCAAUUAAAAGUGCAAAUUAAUCUUUUAA